AUGGCCCAGCAAAAGUUCUUUUCCGGGCUGACGGAGGGUAUGAUCAAUCGGGCGGCCGGUGAACGGCCUGAUCGGCAGAAGACGCACUUCUACUGGCCAGACGAGUACGCCCCGGAACCGGUUUCACCGAUCAACGAACGCCAGCCGCUCAACCGCACCGAAAGUCCGCCCCGGCUAAACCAACAUUCAACGCCGGAACCGCGGGAACGCACGCCCAAGCACGCGGAAUCCCACAUCCGGCUGGACGAUGGUGUGGGUUCGUCCUUCGGUGAGCUGGAACGGACACGCGCGCACGAGCGCUUCCGGAUCGAGCAGUUCCUGCGCCAGCAGUCGGAAGAGGAUACGGGCGAGGCGGCCAGAGCCAAGCGUCUCAGCACGCUACAGUCGAAGAUCGAGUUCUACGACUACUGCUCACCACCGGCGGGAACGCCGAGGACGCGGGUGGCACGUACCAGGACACCCGGAAACGGAUACGGCGGUACACCCGGAUCGGACCACAUGCCUGAAAAUGGGUACGACGACACAUUCGGUGGCGGUGUGGACGAGCUGGACGGUGAUGAUCGGAGCGUGUGCUCAUCCGCAAGUGGCCACCGGUCGCAACCGGAAGUGCCCGAGCACAAACGCAACUCCCAGCGGCAUCUACGAUCAAGCAUCAACUUCCACAACGGUUGUGCGACUGCUGAUGAGAGUGAGAUCUCACGGAAACCGCUCAGUGUGCGUGAUUCGGCCACAACCCGUGUCGGUGUUGGCCUGCCCAACCUCUAG